AUGCUUCGCUUUUCAAGGGGUGUUGCGGUGGCCACGGGCCUCGUAGCUAUGCUCGCUCAUUCUCCAGCUGUCAUGGCUCAGGAUUUUAGCAAGCCUAUCGUGGCGGAUGGUACUUCGUUUGCUCUCAAUGGAAAGACCGUGUCCUACCGCUUCCAUGUGGACAACACUACGGGGGACCUCUACGGUGAUCACUUCGGUGGUUCAGUCACAGGUGAUAUCCCCCUAGAGUCUGUUGCCGAUGUCAACGGUUGGGUUGGAACGCCAGGCCGGGUGCGCCGCGAGUUCCCAGACCAGGGCCGAGGUGAUUUCCGGAUCCCUGCCAUUCGCAUUCGCCAGUCUGCAGGGUAUACUGUUUCCGAAUUGCAGUACAAAUCCCACAAGAUCGUUGCUGGGAAGCCUCCUCUUUCUGGGUUGCCUGCUACCAUGGGGUCCAACGAGGAUGCUAGUACAUUGGUUGUUUCUUUGUACGACAAAUACAGCGAUGUCUCUGCCGACUUGUCGUAUUCAAUUUUCCCCGAGUAUGAUGCUAUUGUUCGCAGUGUCAAUGUCACGAACCACGGAACAUCAAAUAUUACCAUCGAGUCUCUGGCUAGUUUGAGCGUGGACUUGCCUUUUGAAGAUCUUGAGAUGAUCAGUCUUCGUGGAGAUUGGGCUAGGGAGGCUCACCGUGAGAGACGAAAGGUCGAGUACGGCAUCCAGAGCUUUGGAAGUGCUACCGGCUACUCGUCUCACCUUCACAACCCAUUCCUGGCAUUGGUGGAGCCUUCGGCCACCGAGUCCCACGGCGAGGCAUGGGGCUUUUCGUUGGUGUACACGGGCUCAUUCUCAAUUGAUGUCGAGAAAGGCUCGCAAGGUUUCACUCGGGCCUUGGUUGGCUUCAACCCUGGCCAUCUUUCUUGGAACCUCCCACCCGGUGAGACUCUCGGUUCACCGGAAUGUGUCUCGGUAUACUCCCAGGAUGGAAUUGGCGGCAUGUCGCGCUCCCUGCACAGCUUGUAUCGCAAACAUCUCAUCAAAAGCAAGUUCGCCACUAGUGAUCGACCCGCCCUUCUCAACAGCUGGGAAGGACUCAGCUACAACAUCAACGAAAGCAGCGUCUACAACUUGGCAAAGGAGGCCGCGGAGGUAGGCGCCAAGCUGUUCGUCCUCGACGAUGGCUGGUUCGGCGAGGAAUACCCACGAACAUCUGAUGAUCAAGGACUGGGUGACUGGGUGGCGAACCCAGACCGGUUUCCAAAUGGCCUCGAGCCGAUGGUGAAGAAUAUCACCCAGCUCAAGUCUGCAGAUUCGUCAACGAACAUGCGCUUUGGUAUUUGGGUCGAGCCUGAAAUGGUCAACCCUAACUCGACCUUGUACAACGAACACCCCGACUGGGCUUUGCAUGCAGGACCCUACCCUCGGACCGAGAGACGUAACCAGCUGGUGCUCAACCUUGCGCUGCCUGAGGUCCAAGAGUUCAUCAUCAAGUCGAUGUCGGACAUUUUGAACAGUGCAGAUAUAAGCUACGUCAAAUGGGACAACAACAGGGGUAUUCACGAGAUGCCUUCCCCUGCUACUGACCAUGCAUACAUGCUCGGCAUGUACCACGUGUUCGACACCUUGACCUCGAAGUUCCCCGACGUUCUUUGGGAAGGCUGUGCCUCGGGUGGCGGCCGUUUCGAUCCAGGAGUUUUGCAAUACUUCCCGCAGAUCUGGACAUCGGACGACACCGACGCUGUCGAGCGCAUUACCAUCCAGCUUGGUACUUCGCUUGCAUACCCGGCCAGCGCGAUGGGCGCUCACCUCUCCGCUGUGCCGAACCAACAAACUGGCCGUACAGUCUCGGUUGAGUUCCGCGGGCACGUUGCGAUGAUGGGUGGAUCCUUUGGCCUGGAGCUUGACCCGGCUGAGAUGCCGGCCGAGGAUAAGGCUGCUCUGCCGGGGCUUAUUGCCCUGGCUGAAAAGGUCAACCCCAUCGUGUUGACUGGUGACAUGUGGCGUCUGAAUUUGCCAGAGGACUCAAAUUGGCCUGCUGUCUUGUUCAUCUCUGAGGAUGCUAAACAGGCUGUGUUGUUUGUCUUCCAGCUCAGUGCGAACAUUGACCAUUCUUGGCCACGUAUCAGAUUGCAAGGACUGGAUGCACAAGCUUCCUAUAAGAUUGAUGGAAAUGCGGUGUAUACAGGUGCCACUUUGAUGAAUCUUGGUUUGCAAUUCCCAUUCGAUAGCGAUUUGGGUAGUCAGGUUGUGAUGCUGGAGAAGCAGUAG